AUGUCGCUGUUUUUGACUAUGUUUUUAUCUGUAUCACUGAAACAUGGCUAUGUGACAGCUUCUAUGACAGUGAACUUGGUCUAUCCAUUUAUAUCAUUUAUAGAUCUACUAAUGUUGAACAUCUAUUUGUUAAACUUAGUUUUACCUAAUAACAUCAACUAUGUAGUGUGCUCAGUGUACUUUCCUCCCAAUUGCCCGCUUUCUGCUUACGAGUCUUUUAUUUCCGCUGUACAAUCUGUUCUUCUCCUGCAUCCAGAAUGUGUAUUCAUUUUUUGUGGGGACUUCAAUUUGCCAGAUAUUAUGUGGUCCAACGAUGAUUUUGGUUUACUUUACAAUACGGUUUCUAAUCCCAGAGUUCAAUGCAUCCCCGAUGCUUUUGCGUUCUUUAUUUUUUUCCAACUAAAUGAUAUUCAAAACUCUUUUGGUGUUGUCUUGGACCUUGUGUUCUCCAAUGACAACAGUAUCUAUAUAUCUAAAGCCGUAACUUCAGCAGUACCUUGUGAUCCCUACCACCCGGUUCUCGAUAUUUUGAUAAAGUUGGAUAAACUCUCCCCUUUACUUGAUCGCUCCCAUAAUUAUUAUGACUUCCGCCGUGCUCCCUAUUCAAAAAUAUGCGAAUUCCUAAAUUCAUUUAAUUGGUUGGAGAUCAUAUUAUCUCUCGACGUUGAUGAAGCUGCUAAGCAUAUUGUUUUAAGCAAGAAAAGAGCACAUGCCAAGUUUAAAGCUUCAUGUUGUCCCCUUGAUUAUGCUGAAUUUUCUGCACUUCGUGCCUCUUACAAGACAGAAUAUAAGAGAUGCCAUACUGCCUUCUUGUCUGGCACUGAGUCUAUGCUAAAGUCUGACCCCAGGUCGUUUUGGGACUUUGUCCGAAUUAAUAAAUCUAACAACGAAAUUCCCCAUUCAUCUUAUGUUCCUCCUUUGUCUAAUGACCAUUCGUUUCCUUUUUUGUCCCAUGACCUACCUAGCUCUUGCUCAUUCAACAUCGAUGAUGUUGACGCUGGUCUAGACGCACUAAAAAAUGUUAAGUCCGUAGGCCCCGACGGCUUGUCAGGUGUAUUCUUAGACAAUGUGAAAUCUUCAUUAUGUUUUCCACUGUGGCUACUUUUUAAGCGUUCAAUCGAUAACGGAGUUUUCCCCUCUUCUUUCAAGAUUAGCUCUGUCACUCCUAUUUUUAAAUUUGGUGAUGAAGCUGAUGUCAAAAAUUAUAGACCUGUCUCUAUUUUGAGCCACAUAUCCAAACUGUUUGAACUUAUAGCUGUUGAAAAGCACAUCCAAGUUGAUGCUAUUUUCACAGACUUUACUAAAGCCUUCGAUAAAGUCGACCAUGGCCGCCUAAUCGAGACCCUAUACAAAACUGGGUUCGGUGAACCAUUGUUGUCUUGGUUCAAAUCUUAUUUGUCAGACGGAGUCCAGUGUGUAAAAGUGUUCGGAUGCAAAUCAUCCAUCUCAAAGGUCUCUUCUGGAGAUCCACAAGGAGGACAUUUAUCUCCAAUAUUGUUUUCUUUGUAUGUAAAUGGCAUCAAGGAAAUUGUCAAAAACUAUGAACUACUCGUGUUUGCCGACGACUUGAAGCUCUUUAAGAAAAUUGAAAACUGUGUGAAGACACCGCUUUCCUAUUAA